AAAAACAGCCGUUAAACGGGCCGCGGGGCGGAGCUAGCGAGGGGGUAAGAAACGGCCCCGCGAUUGGCGGCAGCUGGAUGUUCAAACUAGUAUGGGAUGCCUUGAUUGGCUCGGACCGGCCGCGGCAGGCCGGGCUCCCUCCUCGCGCUCGGGCGGGUUAUUGUCUGGCGGCUCCUGAGGCGGCUCCAGCGCGGACUCGGGACCGGAGCUCAGGAGGCGGCGGCGGCACCAUGGCUGGCGGGAAGGCGGGGAAGGACAGCGGGAAGGCCAAGGCCAAGGCCGUGUCGCGCUCGCAGAGAGCCGGCCUGCAGUUCCCCGUGGGCCGGAUCCACAGACACUUGAAGACUCGCACCACCAGCCACGGGCGAGUGGGAGCAACCGCGGCCGUUUACAGCGCCGCCAUCCUCGAGUACCUCACCGCUGAGGUGCUGGAGCUGGCGGGCAACGCUUCAAAGGAUCUCAAAGUGAAGCGGAUCACUCCCCGUCACUUGCAGCUGGCGAUUCGCGGGGAUGAAGAGUUGGAUUCGCUCAUCAAAGCCACCAUCGCUGGGGGAGGUGUCAUCCCUCACAUCCACAAGUCUCUGAUCGGGAAGAAGGGACAACAAAAAACGGCGUAGAGAGGAAAAACAAUUAAAAUCGGCCCGCUCCCUCCCGUCGUUGUACCGUACCCAGGACAGAAGAAAUCUUGGGGAACCGUGGAAAUUUUUUGUUUUUUUAAGGAAUAGUUCAAAGGAAGAGCAUAGACAAUUGACUGUAGAGAGGAGAAAAUGUGGGUAUGGGGUUUAGAUUCCAAGUUUUGACACAAAGUUGUACCUUGUCAGGCGGCAGCAGUUGGUUUUUGGUGGUCGAGGGCUCGGCUGCUCCCCUGGGUUUUAUACAAAAAUGGAACGGAUAAACCAUUUUUUACAAAAAAAACCAAA